AUCUAAACCUACCAUUUCAAUUACCCAAUCCCUCCUCCCACGACCAUUACUUCGCAAUCGUUCAUCUCAAUUACUACGCCAAACAACUUAUAAGAUUGAGUUACAAUUACGAAAUCAUGGCGACCACACAUUUCGGCCUCCUCGAGGAGCGCGAAGAAAACGAGUUACACAAAACCCGCCUCCUCAACGUCGAAGAGAAACCCUUCAAACGCCUCACAAAGCGACUCGUCGCACCCGGUGCCUUCACCAGUCCCAGCAAACUUCCCACGCCUCCUCCCGACGCCAACAACAGCACCGAAGCACAAGACCACCCCACCACAUCCUCGUUCUCCGCGACAGAGAUAAGUGCGUUAAAAGAAGACAUCAUCCUAGAUUUCGAAGCCUUCGACGCGCAAAUCCUACGCUUGCAACUCCUCGAAACUGCUAACGCGCAAGAACGGGAACGGUAUACCGCGGAUAGAGUUCGCAUUCUGGAGACUAUGGAGGCGGUCAGGGAGGGGAAUGCUAGACUUCGCGCGCAGCUUGAUGAUGCGCGGGCUACGCUGGCGCAGAGACGACGGUUUGAUGAGCUGGCGGAUCGGAUUACUAGUAAUCGGAUGUUGCGACCUCGCGCGGAGCAGGCGGUUAAUUUGGCCAAGUUGGCGGAGGAGUGUGAUGAUUUGCAUCGCGAGAGCGAGACUUAUGGUGAGACUUGGCGGGAGAGGAGGGAGCAGUUUGGGGUCCUGGUGGAUGAGGGGAAGAGGUUGCGCGCGCUGAUUAGGGAUGAGAAGGAGGAGGUUGAACGACGUGAGGGUAUGGAUUCGGAUGCCGAGGAGGGUGGUGAGGGGACGCCUGGGAAGGGGCUUGUUAGUGGGAAUGCGACACCUAGACCAGAGAGCGGUGGUUUGUCGUCGGCGGCUUCGGGGAAGGGGGAGGGAGCUGGAAGUGCGACGCCGAGAUUGGGUGCUAGGGAUGAACGAACGCCUCGAUCCGAUAGUCCGGCUGUGGGUUCGGGAUUGAAACCUAGACCUGAUGUUAGUGGAAGCUUUUCACGAUCUGGUAGCCAAGCCCCGAGUCAACGAGGUAUGAGCCAGCAACCGCGAGACGAAGAGCCUGAGGAGGGUGAGGAUGUUGAGAUGGAUGAACCCACCGCGCAGCAGCAACAAACAGGAGAUACACCCAUGGCCGAGGAUGCUUCCCAGGACACACCGCAGAUUACAGUUGAGGCGGCUACUAGUGGCGAUAAUAUGGACAUGUCUUGAGACACCACAAGCAUGAAAAUGGCGCGGACGGCUAGGAAGAGGCAUGAGUUUUGAUGUCCAUCUUGGGCCUGGUUGAGUUUCGUCACGGCGGGCUCUACGAAGGCACAUAUAUUUUUGCGAGGAAUUUUUGCGAGGAUUAUCGUCGUUAGCUCCCAGGUCUACGCGUUUUCGUGCGGCGAAAGGAGAGGGAGGUCGUUAAUAUACCCAACAGAACGGAGCAGUACGCUAAGACAGAAUAGAGAAUGGCUUCUUGCUAGUAUUAAUCUACACUUAUUCCUAGGCAAACAU